AACUUCAACUCCCAGAAUGCAUCACUCAUAUCAACCGGAAGCGGAAGUCGUGCGUGUGGAUCUACGCACCAGCUAUGAAAACAGAAACGGUCCGCUGCAACGCUGUUUAUUGAGACUGUGUCCAUUAGUCAUGUCAUCCUGAUGUACCCGACUCCUUUGUACUCCCAUGCUGGUCAUGGGCCUUACUCAGAGGUGUAUGAUCCAGCAGAAGACUCCUUCCUUUUAAUUGAUAUCUUGGAGAUGGAUGCUGAUUUGCUGCGGCGAAGCAAACCUGCUGUCUGCCUUGAAGUUGGCAGUGGCUCAGGUGUCGUCUCUGCCUUUUUGGCGUCAGUAACCGGACCUGGGGCGUUAUAUCUCUGCACCGAUUUGAACCCGGCAGCAGCCCAGUGCACAGCAGAGACAUCUCGCUGCAAUAACCUCGACCUGCAGCCAGUCAUAACUGACUUGACUGAGUGUCUGUUGCCCAGGUUGACUGAAAUGGUGGAUGUUCUUCUUUUCAACCCUCCAUAUGUAGUUACCCCGUCUGAGGAGGUGGGCAGUCACGGCAUUGAGGCAUCUUGGGCAGGAGGAAAGGGAGGCAGGGAGGUGAUGGACAGGUUUUUCCCUGUGGCUUCACAGUUAUUAUCCAAACAGGGCCUGUUCUACCUGGUUACAGUGUCUGAUAACAAUCCAGACGAGAUCCUGUCUCUGCUUGCUGAAUCCGGGUUAAGAGGAGAGGUGUGUAUGACUCGCCAGGCGGGGAGAGAGAAGUUGUCCAUCCUGCGCUUCAGCAAGAGUGACAUCACAGGACUUUGAAUCCUCAGAGUUACACUGCGUACUGGCUUAAACACUCUCUGUGUUCACCAACAUCACUAAAUGAACUCUUAUCUCAGGACAGCGAUACACAGGUGUCCAAGGUCACAUACAGUCUGUGAAUUUUGAUUUGGAAGUGGAUAUCUUUAAAGGGAUACAAGAAAAGAUAUUGUGAAGAAUUUUUGACAGUUAUCUAGUUUCGAAUGGUUAAAGAAUGAAGUGACUAAGCAAUGACAGUAGUGAUCUUGAUUACAAAAAUUAUGUCCUAAGUGUCAGCGUGUUAGUGUGCAGUGUCUCUGCCUGUAUGUUAAAGCCUUCUUAGCAGUCAAAAGCUAACCCGACUCUAGAGGGAGCUGUAGCACUGAAGAUGAAGGACCUGAUUUAUUAAAGAGACUUCCAGAGUGGUUGAUGAAGAAGUGAUGCUGAGGAGAAUGGACAUGAUGGAAAAGACGCUUCUGUAGCACAGCUGUACAAUAGGACAUGCAUCAAAGUGGAGACAAGGUUACAUCCGUCAUUAAAAGGAGUUAUGUUUGAAAUA